ACACACAUCAAGCCUGAAACUUGAAGCCUCAAGCCUCGAACCCACCCGUCGGUCAACGCGUUGUCACGUCACCACCAACCACCAACCAAAAGGCUUGCUACUGUAUCAAAGCUGACUAUGAUUGGUGGCUGACCACAUGCAAGCCCUGGCGUCGCAAACCUUCCGGCGAAACUCUAUCCCAACAGCACCUCUCCCAUAGAGAAAGAAGAGAGAAAGAAAUUAAUUUUUUUCUUUUUCACUAUCAUCAUAUCACGACCUUUUACGGAAAACUUAACUACAAAAAUGGCGGUUCUGGAAAUCUCCCAAAGACUGGCUUCCCUUACUGACACUCAUAAAGAAGUACUUUACCCACCUUCUCAUAAUCCUUGCAACGUGGCAACUUCAACUAUCUAACAAUGAGCUAAAAAAAAAAAUCCGAAAAAACAGUGCAUGAGCUUAAUAUCUCGCCUCUCAAAGCUCGACACGCCCGGUAACGAUAGCACGAGAACCGAGCUCGCGAACGUGAUACACCAGAGCUUGCGCGACGCCGAGUCCGAGCUUGAGUUGCUGAGCGCACAGGUCGAGGAUGAAGUUGGUGAUGGGGCGCAGGUGGCAUUGAAGAGUAAGGUCGCGAAGAUGGGGGAGGAUCUGAAGAUGUUUGCUUCCCCCCCCCUCUCCGAUAGGAUUAUGGAAGUGGUGGUGGGGAGGCUAAUGCGUGGGGAGGGUUAGUGCGCGAUUGCAAUACCGCAAAGCCCAACUCUUCGCGAAGCGUAAUGCGCUUGCCGCUGAGAAACGGGAACGGGAAGCUUUGCUGGGCGGGUCGGGGAAGAGCACACCGGAUAGUAUCACCGGGAAGCGGAAGGGAAAUCAGAAGUUAUCGUAUGUCACUCCCCCUUUAUCUUUCCUAAAAACGGGGCUGAAUGGUUGAACACAGCCAAAACGACCUCAUCCUCCACGCCUCAACCGACAUCACGACUGCUCUCCGCCGCACGCAUACCCUCCUACAGUCCGAGCUCUCCCGCUCGCAAUUCGCCACGGAGACGCUCAACACUUCCACCGCUGCGCUGCAGGACCUCACCCACCGCUACUCCGCAUUCGACGACAUAAUCUCCUCCUCGCGCGCGCUCAUUUCUGACCUCGUGCGCAAGAACAAGAGCGAUAGGUGGUAUUACGAGAAGGCGAUACAGAUACUCCUUAUAUUGCUGAUCUGGUUGGUUAUUAGGCGGCUCCUGUGGGGCCCUAUUUACCUGGUCCUUGGGGUGCCGUUUCGGAUGACGUGGUGGGGACUCUCCCUUGCUGCUGGGGGAUUGGGUGUUGGCGGGAGGGGGGAGAUUUCUCAGGGCGCGGGAAUGGGCAUGGGUGUGGUUACGACAGUGCAGGUCGCAGGGAUUCCGGAGAGUAUGUUGGAAACGGAGCCUCCUGGAGGGCGCGCUACGCCUGUGCUUGGGGAGGGGGAGAAGUCGAUGAAGGAACAAGUGGAGGGCGUCAUCUAUGGAGAACCAGGGCUCGAAGUGGAAAAAGUGGAAAUGGAAAAAGCUAAGCCGGCAGACAGGAGCCCAAAGCACAGAAGCAUGGAAUAUAAUCCGGAAGAGGAGAGACAAGCCCGGGAAAAAGGCCACCCGGAGACGCAUGACGAGCUCUAACCCUCGGAAUUGCCCACUUUGUUUCAUAGCGCUUUCAUUAGCAGACCAUUUUUCCCUAAUUUGCUAUUCUGCUGUAUUAU